AUGCGAUCCAUUAAUUUUAAAUUUCCAGCAGAAAUUAUUUUAACAAUACUUGGGGUACUUUCUAUAACAUUUUUAUUCGUCAACUGGUUACUAAUUAUUUAUGUAAAAUAUGAUAUUGACAGCCUUUAUGAAUUCGUAUUCAAGAAAAUGGAACAUUUUAAGAAAGAUGUGAAUAGUACUUGGGAUGAUAUGAUGAAUUUGAAAAGCAAAACGCAUUUCAACAGAAUACGAAGAUCAGAUUAUCUUAAAACUGGACGAUGUAAUUGCGUUGGGGAAGCUAUCCAAUGUCCAGAAGGACCGAGAGGACCACCUGGCCAGUCGGGUGCUGACGGAGAAGACGGUGAAAAGGGUAUAGAUGGUAAACCGGGAAUACCGGGACUUUUCCUCGACGACAUCAAUGAUGAAGAAGAUUGCGUAUUAUGUCCUCCAGGACCACCCGGAUUAUCAGGAAGCGCUGGCAUGCCAGGCUCACUUGGUUCUCCUGGAUUGCCAGGAGCUCCUGGAAAAAGUGGACGAACUGGUUCUCCUGGUUUGCCUGGUGCAGUAGGAGAACGCGGAGCUCCCGGAGCUAUCGGAAAAGCCGGUCUGCCAGGUCAACCAGGAAAAAAUUGUAUUGCACCAAAUUACUUGACACCAGAAUUACCAGCCGGGAACCCGAAAACAGAAAAAUUAAGAAAAUCAAAAAAUGUUCUCUCAAACCUCCUUAUGAAACAAGAACAAAUUAAUAAAGGUGAAAAUGACAAGAAAAGAAAGAAGGAAGCACAACAGCUUAUCACUGAAAAACAACUGAAACGUCUAUCAGAAUGGAUUGAACGGUGGAGGAUAAUAUCAGAUCAGUCCACUGAUCGUUCCAUGCCUAAGAAAAUGUAA